GUAGAAAAAUCGUCAACUGAUGUGAUAACUUUCUGGAAACAAGCGGGAAAAUUAAAUUAUUAUGGAAAAGAACAAAUAUUAUCACUUGAAGAACAAAUCAAGUUAUAUGAAGAGCAUUUUUCGACAUGA